AUGGCUCCUGGUUUGAAUGGUCGCCAAACUGGAACUGUGCCCAAAAAUAAAGUAAAAAGUAAUGGAUCCCAGUCUCAAAAAUCAUCCAAAGAACAUUAUAACCAAUCUUCUUCCACUCCAGUUUGGGAUCAUUUUUCUGGAGUUGGAAAUAAAAAACAUGCUGGUACCAAAAGUAGCACUCAUUCAGAAAAUGAAGUCGAUUCAAUUCAUUGCGAAUUAGAAAGGUCUAGAUCGUCAACGAUGACAUCGCAAAACGAAAACUCUGAAGAUUGUUCUCAUAAUAGUUCAUCGGAUAAAACUAAAUUAUCAGAUCACAAGCAAGUUGUUAAUAAACUUUCACAAAUUCAAACUUACCUACAACAGACUGCAGAUCUUAUGAAUGUUUUAGUUAAAUCGUCAGAUUCGCAACCAAACGAAUGUGGUGAUUCAAGACGAAUGCAAAAAUUCAAUAAAAUUUUAACAGAUAAUUAUGGACCAGGGUUAUGUCCUUCAGAAGAAUUAAGUGGCAAUAAUAAUGUUGAGACUGAUGAAGAAGAACUUACGAGACAAUCUGAAGAAAGUUCAAAAAAAAUAGAAGCUUUACAGAAAAGGAAAAGGGAUUUAUUAAAGCUACAGGAAAAAGCAAAACAACAAUUACAAGAAGCACAAGCAGAACAAUCACGACUUGUGGCAAGAGCUUCAAAUUUACAUCAGGAACUGUCGUUAAAUAAAACAAUGGAUUUGAAUGUCAAACAAUUAAAUCAAAGGUUAAAAGCCAUUCAACAGAUUUACAACAUGCGAAAUCAGGUUUAUGAAAGUCUGAAUGAAAACCAAGGGAGAAAUUUAGAAGGAAAAGAAUCUCACGAGGAGCCACAAAUUCGGGAAGUACUCUCGGAUACAGAGACUGAUUUGCAAUUAGUUUCCGAUAAAAUGGAAGAACUGAAUGUCAUGAAGACUCAAUUAUUGGAAAUACAAAAAAUAAUGGCGUCUAUAAAUAAUGCUCAUUGUUCGGAAUCGAAACAACGCGAACAACCGGAAUCGUGUAACAGUUCGAAGGAAAAUGUUAAUUACGUUCAAAACGGAUUAACAACGGAUGAAGAACAACAACAACAACAACAACCCAACGAUGAAUCUAGUAGUAACGUAUUAAAAUUAGACCAAGUCAAAUCAAAAUUGAAUCAUUUAACGGAAUUACUCGAAAUCGUACAAUCGGCUCAAAACAACACCGGAUUGUCUCCGUCGUAUUUACAAUUAGUCAGUAAUUUAGUUAACGAAGCCAAUUCAUCGAUUCCUAGUCCUGCUGAAUCAGUUGCAUCUCAAAUUAAAAAUAGGUGA